AUGGCGGGCCUUCUCCAUUUGCCACCACUCAUGGCAAGCACAUCUUUGAAGGAACCAAAAUUUAACCGUCUAUUUAAUGAUGCCCGUUUGGUCAUGAGCGUGUUGAUUGAAAUCGUUGCAGGAGGCACUGGAACAGUAGCUAAAGCUAUUAUUUCCACAAAUAAAUUAUUGUAUAAAAUAUUGAAGAAGUGUAAAGAAGCAAUUCCAAGUAAGGAGAAUGGCGGAAAGGUGAUCAUCAUUGACAUGGUGAUAUUGGAUAGCCAGAAAGGAGACGACAAAUCAUAUGAAACUCAAAUCUACAUGGACAUGCUUACUAUGGUUGUGGUUUCUGGAAAACAAAAAACCGAACAAGAAUGGGCAAAACUAUUCUUUGAUGCUGGUUAUAGUGACUACAACAUUAUUCCCAUCUUAGGAUUAAGAUGUGUUAUUGAGGUUUACCCUUAA